AUUUCACAUAUUGUUCUAUGAAAAUAUGCACUCAUGGUCACGUGACUCGGGAUCAAAAUGAAACAUAUUUCCUGAUCAUCUUCAGCAUUCAACAACUUGAAUCCCUACCUAUAUGUUUAGUGUUUGUCGAUUAUUUAAAUUUUUUUUAUCAUGGAAAGCCGGAACGAAUACUUGGAACUCCUAAAAUGCUUAAUAUGCUACAGGUUCAUGAGCAACAACAUAAAAUUAUGUGUAAUGGGUCAUAGCGUAUGCUGUGAAUGUUUCAACCAUCUAGGAACAUGUCCCUACUGUAGAUCCCCCUGGAGCAGAUCAAGAAACUACAAUAUGGAACAGCUAACCGCAGUUUCUUCGGGAAGCAACCGUACCAAAGACCUAAUCAACAACGAGAACCUCAAAUGCCCUAAAUGCCGCACCCUUAUGGAUGGUAGCAUCGUCCUUUGCGGGGGUGGUCACAGUUAUUGUACCCGCUGUGUGAAGGGUAUCUACCAGUGCAUCAUCUGCUCGAAACUGAUCUGCUACAGGAGAAAUUUCACAUUGGAAACGUUCAUAAACAACGUGAAAACCCUAAAUGAAUCGACAGACAGCUUAGCUAAAGUACAGCUCUGAUUUCAGGCCUUUCUUUUAAAAUCGCUCGAGAUGUUUCUAUGGUUCUUAGGUCUGUUCAGUUUACUCAAGUACACCGUGUACCUAGCACACUGAAACAUAAGAGGUAGGAGGAUUCAGAAUGUUCAAAUUCGCGAAUCCAUUGUCGUCCAAUAAUUUGUAUUUCAAUUUACAAAAAAAAUAUUGUUGAAGCGGAAAAAAUUUUUAAAUUAUCCCGAAAACGUUUUUGUAAUACUUCGUAUUUUGAUCAUUGUAUAAUUUGACAUUGAAAAAUAGCAGAAAACUAACAAAAAAAAUUAAAAAGUCUGAAAACUGCAGAAAAUGACAAUACUUAUUUUAUAUUUAAUUAUUUUGUGAUAUGUAUGUUCUUCUUGUAUUUAAGUAUGUCUGUUAUGUUCUGUCGUAAAAUAUUCCGAUCCCAUCUCUUGUACUUUUUGUUUACACUAUACAUUAUCUGAAUUAAUAGCUGUAUAAGAUGUUUAUUAAAAGUGGAGACUCUUUUAGAAAUAAAAAAUGACAUCUUG